AUGGCCACGGGCAACCUGCUUCUGGCUUCUCUGCUCCUCUCUCUUGCUUUGGUGUUGGCCAAGGGCACUACGAACUCCGGCUUUGUGGGCAGGAUCACGGAGAAAGGCCUGGAUUAUGCUCGCCAGGUGGGGGUUGCAGCCCUGCAGCAGAAGUUGGCCACGCUGACACUGCCUGAUUUCUCUGGCUCCUUCAAGGUCCCAUUACUUCCCAAUAUCCAAUACAAAUUGUACAGUCUGAAGAUUCAGCAUUUCCAGCUGCCGAGUUCAACAAUAGCACCCAUCCCAGAUGCAGGUCUCAAGGUCUCCAUCACCAAUGCCUUUGCUGAGUUGACGGGUGAUUGGGAGGUGAAGAGUUGGAAGCUCAAGCUCCAUGGCUCAUUUGACCUGAAGGCUAAACGUCUCUCCAUCGAUGUUGGCUUGAAGCUGGGUACUGAUGCCACGGGGAGACCAACUGCUGCCACCUCGGAUUGCAUUGUCCAUUUCAUUGACGUCAACGUGCACUUUUCUGGCAAGUUGAGCAGGCUGUACAAUCUCUUCCACAAAAAGAUCGAGUCAUGGUUCAGAAAGACCAUGAAAAGCAAGGUCUGUGAGGAGGUGACCAGCUCUGUCAGCUCCAAACUGCAGCCUUUUCUGCAGACUCUGUCAGUUACAGCAAAAAUUGACCAUGUGGCUGGGAUUGAUUACUCCUUGGUUGGGCCUCCUGUUGCUACAAAUAGUUCUCUGGAUCUGGAUCUAAAGGGUGAAUUCUUUUCCCUCAUCCAUCGCUCUCCUGCUCCCUUCCCGGCACCUGCUUUGGCUUUUCCUGUGGAUCACGACCGCAUGCUUUAUUCUGGGAUCUCCAGCUAUUUAUUCAACACGGCUGGUAUUGUGUACUUCAAAGCAGGAGCUCUGGCCUAUGAGAUCACUGAUGACAUGAUUCCCAAGGAGUUAAAAAUCCGAUUGAAUACCUCAUCCUUUGGACCCUUUAUUCCGGAGGUGGAAAAGCGGUACCCCAACAUGCUAAUGAAGCUUCACGUCUCACUGUCUUCGGCCCCGUCUUUGAGCAUCACCCCUGAAGGCCUCUUGUUGGCUCCUGAAGUGGAUGUCCAAGCCUUUGCCAUUCUCCCCAACUCCACCCUGGCUCCCCUGUUUGGGCUGGGGGCGUCUGCCAGUGCUUUGGCCAAAGUUGCUGCCAGCUCUACCAAGAUUUUUGGGGCCCUGGAGCUUAGCAGGUUGCAGCUGUCCUUGAAGCACUCUGAUGUUGGACCCUUCUCCGUACAACUGACGCAGAUUCUCAUAAACUUCUAUGCUUCAAGCACCCUUAUUCCUCAGAUUAAUGCACGGCUGGCCGAGGGCUUCCCACUUCCUCUUCUGGACCACGUGCAGCUCUCCAACCUCAUCCUCGAGCCUCGUCAGGAUUUCCUGCUCUUUGGAGCAGAUGCUCACUAUGGUUAGUGAAGAUGCAGGCAGCAGAAAGAGGAGUGAUGACGAUAAACAGAAACAUGAUGUCGGCCU